CGCGUCGGUGUUUACUCAUGACGUGUGUGCCGAAGCCAUUGGAGCGAUGUGGCUAACGCUAACGACAUGAACAGGUCCCAUUAAAACGUCGCAGUGGACAGUUUGCCCCAGAAUACACGCGGGAGACAAGUAAGGAGGGACAGGAUGUUGGAGUCCUACGUCACGCCGCUCCUGAUGAGCUACGUCAACAAGUACAUUAAGAAUCUGAAGCCGUCCGACCUGCAGCUGUCUCUCUGGGGAGGAGAUGUGGUGCUCAGCAAGUUGGACCUGAAACUGGACGUACUGGAACAGGAGUUGAAGCUGCCUUUCACAUUCAUGAGUGGUCAUAUCCAUGAACUGCGUAUUCACGUACCGUGGACCAAGCUGGGCUCCGAGCCUGUAGUCAUCACCAUCAACACCAUGGAGUGCAUUCUCAAGCUGAGGGAUGGAGCUCAGGAUGACCACGACAGCGGCUCCAGCUCCACCAGUCGCAGUGUCUCAGACAGCUCCAAGGCUGUGGCCAAGCCCCGCCGCCUCCAGCAGGCUGCCCCCAGUGACCCAGACCUGCCCCCAGGUUACGUGCAGAGUCUGAUCAGACGCGUGGUGAACAACGUGAAUAUUGUGGUGAACAACCUGAUCCUCAAGUAUGUGGAAGAUGACAUCGUGCUUUCGGUCAACAUCACGGCGGCGGAGUGCUACACGGUGGACGAUAUGUGGGAGAGGGCCUUCAUGGACAUCGCUGCUCCUGAGCUCGUCCUCAGGAAAGUGAUCAACUUUGCAGACUGCACCGUCUGCUUGGACAAGCGGAACGCUAGUGGCAAGAUCGAGUUCUACCAGGACCCACUGCUGUACAAGUGCUCCUUCAGAACGCGCCUUCAUUUCACCUACGACAACAUCAACUCCAAGAUCCCGUCUGUCAUCAAAAUCCAGACCAUGGUGGAGAGCCUGAAGUUGUCCAUCACCGAUCAGCAGUUGCCCAUGUUCAUCCGCAUAUUAGAGCUGAUCAUUGCCCUCUACUACGGAGAAAUCGGAGGACACAGAGAGGGCGAGGGCGAAGAGGGCAGUGGUCACGCCAGGGAGGCUGGAGGAAAUGUACCUGGGAUGGAUGUGGACAUUGAAAACCAGGGGACGACCACAGACCUUUACUUGCAGCCCGGGAGUCUUGAAGAUGGAGACCAAGGCUGGGUGUCGUGGGCUUGGUCAUUUGUUCCAGCCAUCGUCGACGCAGAGGAGGAAAGUGAGGAAGACCUCUACCAGCAGAGAGAGACAGGCAGCAUCCCCAACUGCCCCCAGCAACACACACACAAAGACCCCAUUGUGUCCAUAGGUUUCUACUGCACCAAAGCUUCUGUUACCUUUAAGCUGACUGAGACACAUUCAGAGAGCAGCUACUACAGUCCACAGAAGGUCAAGUCCAGAGAGGUGCUGUGCCUGGAGCAACAGGGCAUCACUAUUGAGGUGCUGAUGAUGGGAGAGCCCUUCUUCGACUGUCAGAUUGGCUUUGUGGGCUGCCGGGCCCUUUGUUUGAAAGGGAUCAUGGGAGUACGAGAUUUUGAGGAUAACAUGAAUCGAAGUGAAGAGGAAGCAGUGUUCUUCAGCUGUGGGGACAGCCUAAGCAAUAAAGGAAUGACUUACCUGACCAACUCUCUCUUCGACUACCGCAGCCCAGAGAAUAACGGAGUCAGAGCUGAGUUCAUCCUAGACACUGCAAAUCACAAGGAGACCUACACAGAGAUAGCGGGCAUGCAGCGCUUUGGUGCUUUCUACAUGGAUUAUCUCUACACAAUGGAGAACAGCAGUGGCAAAGGCUCCCAGGACUUCUCGGUGGCGAACACGGAGGAGGUAGCGCCUGUAGUUCAAGAAACCUCCAUCAAGAGACUGGUGGUUGGACCUCUGGAUGUCAGGCUACACAGCAGCGCUGUCCACCGCAUCCUCAAGAUGGUCACCUGUGCCAUGGACCACGAGUACGAACCCUACUGCAAACCACAGCAAGAAAUGAUUGAGGAGAGCCACGGUCCGGCUAAAUCAGAGGAGAUAUCGAGCUUGGAAGAAUUCAUCCCAACCAGACUCACUUGUCUCACUCUGCUCCAAGUGUCAGUCACCGUCUCCAUGGCGGAGUUCAACCUCCUGCAAUCACUAAUGCCUGUCAUCAUGGGACACAAGGCGGCACCGGGACCGGUCUACGUGGCCGUGUUUCAGCCAGUGCGUCCUCUACCUUCUGUGCAGUUUGAGGUGGAGAGGGUGAACGUCGAACACUCGGUGCCCAUGUAUGCCCCAGAGUUGGUCAGCACCGUCAGCAGCCUCAGCCAGCCGUCUGACAACCUGCUACAUCACUGCUACGCACACCUCUACCUCAAGGUGUUUGGGUUCCAGGCAGGCUUGACAUGCCAGGACAGUACAGGGGGUUUCCUGCCUCUCAUACCCAUCAUCCCUUCCUUCAGUACUGCACUCUACGGGAAGCAGAUUCAGAUGCCUGCAUACUGGAGCAAAAGGUCUUCGGUCCCCACCGACGAGUGUAUUCUUGAGCUUCCCCACUUCACUGUCCAGGCCACCCGGGCCCAGACGCUCUUGCUCCAAGCGGUCUGUCAGAGUUGGACCCACAGCACGACCAACGGAGCCCCGCUGACGCUCAGCAAAAGCCUGCUCAAUGAAGUGUUCAGAGCUCCAGGUGUGAAAUCUCUGGGCCCGUCACCGACUCUGGAGGGCUCCAUCCAAAACCUGGAGCUGAAGUUCUGCAGCCGCGCGACGGUGAAAUGCGCCUCAGGAACCGUGGGAGCUGUAAAAGUGUGCGCCAGGACCCCAGGCUCAGGUGAGGGGGCGAAGGAGAAGCUGGUUCCUCUCAUCCAGGGCCCGUCUGACACCAAAGAACUCCACACGAGCCGCUGGCUCAACGAGAUCCGCAAGCCCGAGUCUCUGCUCGCCCCCGACCUGUUGGCGUUCUCUGUUCUGGUCCCUCAGCAAGGAGACAGUUGCAGGAACUCAGGUGCAGUUCUUCUGGUCAGUGUCCAGGGCAUCGCCGUCAACAUGGAUCCCGUGUUGUGCACAUGGCUGCUGUAUCAACCUCACAGAGGCAGCAGCAGGCAGCAGAAUCCGGGUCCAGUUUCUUUGGCCAAGAGGAGAGAGGAUGAGGUGUCAGUCGGGAGCACGCCAUUGGCCAAACAGCCCUCCAAUCAGGCCUCUGACUACGCCAGCAGCCCGGUCAAGACCAAGACAGUCACAGAAUCACGUCCCCUUUCCAUCCCGAUGAAGGUGAUGCCCGACACCACGCCGGUGGACUCGUGGACAACCUCCGAAGAAAGAAUGAAGGAGCUCAUCGCCCACGCCUGGGACGCCGUAAAGCGCCUCACUGUACAGUUGGAGCUGCAGUCAUGCUGCGUGUUCCUGCCUAACGACAGCCUCCCCUCCCCGAGCACCAUCAUCUGCGGAGACAUUCCCGGCACCGUCCGUAGCUGGUACCACAACCAGGCCGCCAUGCCCGGGACGCUGGUGGUCUGCCUGCCGCAAAUCAGUGUCCUCAGCGCCGGGCAUAAGUACACGGAGCCACUGCAGGAGCUCCCCUUCGAGGUCUCCAAGCCCAUCUUGGAGGAAGGCGAUGCCUUCCCGUGGACGAUGAGCCUGAGUCAGUUCAGCGUGUACACGCUGCUGGGCCAGCAGCGGAGCCUGAGCCUGUUGGAGCCGAUGGGCUGCACGUCCACACUCGCCGUCACCUCCCACAAGCUGCAGAGCUGCUCUGAAGGGAGGCACUCGUUCGUCGUCUGCCUCCACGUCGACCUGCAGCCCGUCCACGUCAAGUCCUCCAACCCUCAGGUUCAACUGUUGUACGAGCUCCUCCUGAGCUGGAGCUCCACGUGGGCCCGGCUCCAGAGGCACGGCAUCUUGCGUCAGACCUCCACCGCCCCAGAACCGCCUGCCGGUGCCGCACCGUCCUCCCCGGUCCGCAGCAGCGCCGGCACCGCCCUGCCGGACACCAGCACCUGCAGCCCCUCGGCAGACUUUGGCUCCCCCACUGAGGGCGACUCGGUGCCGGCGGCAGACAACAGUCCGUUCGCAGACACGGUGACUUUGGAGCAGAAGACCAGCAGCAUCGGAGGGACCAGCGGGAAGGUCAGCCUGUGGAUGCAGUGGAUGUUGCCCAAGGUCACUGUCAAGCUGUUUGCUCCCGACCCAACCGCCAAAAAGACAGAGCUCUGUGUCAUCAGCGAGCUGGAAGACCUGAGUGCCUCCGUCGAUGUCCAGGAUGUUUACACAAAGAUCAAAUGUAAAGUUGGCAGCUUCAACAUCGACCACUACAGGCGCAGUAUGGAGGAUGGUGUUCGGAGCUCAGGCAGCUGUGGAGGAGUGGUCCUCUCUUGCACUGACAAGCUGAACAGACGCACUGUGUUGGUUCGACCCGUCAGCAAGCAAGACUCUUUCAGCCACUUCUCUGGCUUUUUCCCUCCUACGGCGGCCAAAGUCCUGGAGGGCUCUCACCAGCAGCACGGCUUCCUGUCCAUCACCUACACUCAGGCCGUCACCAAAAACGUCCGUCACAAGCUCACCACCCGCUCUGAGCGGCCGGCGCGCAGCAGCGCGGCCGCCGACCCCCUGGCGGACAGCUCCCCCAUGUACCUGAGAGAGAUCCUGCUGACAGCGCAGCCUUUCGACGUGGUGCUCUCCUGUCCGUUGAUGGCCACCGUCGCAGGGGUUCUUCAGGCGACAGUUCCGCGGCGCUACAGAGAGCGCGGGAAGUCGGCCGGCCAGCCGAUGAGAAGCCACACACUGAGCUCUCGCUGUUUGCCGCUCAUCUACAUCAACACCAGUGUGAUCAGGGUCUUCUGUCCCGGAGCACAAGACAAGCAGCCGCCAUCAGUAGACCUCCACAUGAAACAAGAGGACACCCUGGUGUUAAAGAUGGGGUCCCUCAGCAUGGCUCCGCAGGCUGAUAACCCCCUGACCCGCACUGUGCUGCGAAAAGACAUCUACCAGCGGGCGCUGAACCUGGGAAUCCUGCGCGACCCCGGCUCGGAGGUGGAGGACCGUCAGUACCAGGUGGAUCUCCAGUCCAUCACCAUCGGAACAGCUCAGUGGGAGCAGCUCAAGCCGGAGAAGGAGGGAAUCAAAAGCGGUGUGUCGGCCGAGGGCGAGAGGAACUCCCAGAACCCUGCGCUGGAGUGGAACAUGGCCAGCAGUAUUAGGAGGCACCAGGAGCGUCGGGCCAUCCUGACACCGAUCCUGACCGACUUCUCUGUUCGAGUGACGGCAGCCCCCGCCAUCAUCUUCAGCAAGAACCUCUCUCCAGACAGUGGACAGACGGAGGAGGUGGUGGUGUGUGGCCACUCCCUGGAGGUGAACGUGACCAGCAGUCUGGACUUCUACCUCAGCGUGGGACAGGUGCAGCUCCUGCAGCAGCUUCUCAGAGACAACGUGGUCGGCAUGGACGCUCCUGAGAAAAGUGCUGAGGUGCGUCGACAUGAGCAGAAGUGCGGCAAAAGUCUUGACCGGGCGUCCGCCGCCGACAGCCCGUCGCGUCACAGCAUAACCGGGCAGGACAGCGGCUUUGGCAGCGACAGCGCUCGCAUCCGCAUCGUCCAAAUCGAGCAGCAGAGCGGCGCCAGCCACCAUUGCAUCGCGAGGCCCUCCCGCAAGUCCACCAUCACCAAGAACCUCAACUUUAUCCCUUUCGACAUCUUCGUCACCGCCAGUCGGCUGUCCGUCAUGACGUACGCCUGCUCCAGCUCCUCAAAGACCCUUCCCUCAUCGUCCGACCCCCCCAGCGCGCUGGAGAAGAAGGAGGCUGCGGAUAAGGUGGGAAAGAGUGCCCUCAACCAGCCGGAGAUCCUGUCCGAGUCCCCUCCGGCCUCGGCCUCCCCGACCCCGGACCCUGCUCCAGCUGCGCAGGGUUCCCUCGCUGGCCUGACAGCUGAGGACAUCUUCAACAGCAACACGUCCCAGCCGGCCUCCCCGCUCCUGAGGGGCAGCCUGCUCUCCCUGAGCAGUCUGCCAACUCCCAGUCGCUCCUCAGCGCGCCAGGCGCUGGGCGUGACCAUCGUGAGGCAGCCGGGCAGAAGGGGGGCCGGGGACCAGGUGUUGGAACCCCUGCUGUAUCUCCAGGUGAUGCAACCGUCUGCCCUGCUCAGCUGCCACCACCGCAAGCAGAGGAUGGAGCUGUCUGUGUUCGACGUGGCCUUGAGAGGAGUUCCGUCGGACUACAAGUGCCUCGACCCAGGAAAGACUCUCCCAGAAUCUCUUGACUACAACGUGUUCUGGCUGCAGACAGUAGCAGCAGAGGUAGACAGUAAAACGGGCAUCCCUCCCCCCCUGCUCAGCCUCCAGAUCAAAGAUUUCCUCAAUGGACCAGCUGAGCUCAACGUGGAGCUUUCACGGCCCCUGAAAAUCAACCCCACACUGGCAAAGCUGGAGCAGGCCAAAGCCUACCUGAGCAAAGUCCUUCCCAACCACGUGUGGGAUUCCUCCGGUAAACCCCCGUCGGCUCCCGCCACGCCUCACUCCUCCCCGACGAGGACGCUGCCCAGGCCCGCGCUCCCUCGGUCGGACGCCCAGCACCGGGCCUCGGCUCCGGGCAAAGCCAACAGCGUGCGGGCCCUGGCGCUGACCUUCCACAAGGUGUCCCUCCGCACCGCCCAGAUGGUGGUCGUCAUGGAGACGGAGGCCCACCCAAUGAGGCCCAGCGUCACGGUAUCGGUGUCGGCCAUGACGGGGAGUCUGCACGUGAAGCCGGGGCCUAGGAUAGAAGACGCAGUUCAGUCUUCCUCUGUGCUGCUGGAGCUGCGGGACGUGUUGGUGAGAACAGGCCUAAAGGACCGGAGUCACCUCCUGCUCGGCCCGUUCUCCUGCGGCACCUCCCUGGAGGCCCGCUGGUGCCGGCACAGCGGCAGCCCUGGACCGGAGCCCGGCCCCCCUAAACUGCUGCUGGACCUGAAGGGAGGCCUGCUGCAGGUCUUUUGGGGCCAAGAGCAUCUGAACUGCCUGACGCUGGUGGAGGAGCACCUACGGACGUACCUUCGCCUUCAGAGAGAGGACUCGGCCGAUGGCUGUUCCAGGAGCCACCCCCGCCACCCGCAGCCGCCCCCCUCCCCAGGCGCUCCCUCUCCUCGGACAGAGCACAGCUCCGAUGACUUGCGCACGGGGCAUUUUAACUACAUCCAGGACUCAGCGUCCCAGAGGUUGCCAGGGCCCCACGAGGUGGUGUUCUACACUGAAACGGAGGACAGCCCGGGCGUGAUGCUGUGGAGAUACCCCGAGCCCCGAGUGCUCACCUUCGUCAGGAUUACUCCUGUACCCUUCAACACCACGGAGGACCCCGAGAUCAGCACGGCCGACCUGGGGGAUGUCCUGCAGGUACCAUGCUGUCUGGAGUACUGGGAUGAGCUCCAGCAGGCCUUCGUUCCGUACCGGGAGUUCAGCCUGUCGGAGAGCAGCGCCUGCCAGCUGCAGCUGCCCAGCCUCAGCCUCACCGACCAGCAGAAGGAGCUGGUGGCGUCAGACCUGUGGAGGAUAGUUCUCAAUAAUAACGGAGAGGGGGGAGAUGAGCAGAGUCUGGACAGCGAGAGUGGCUCCCAGGUGCCCUGCGAUCAGUUGGUGUCUCCGACGGCGCUGGCGGCCUGCACCCGGGUGGACUCCUGCUUCGCACCCUGGUUCGUCUCCUCCCUCGGCGUCUCCCUACAACUGGCACAGCUGGAGGUUCACCUCUGCCACCACCUCGAAACGCUGGGCACAGUUCCAUCUCGGCAACUUCGUCCCUUCCUGCCGGACAGGAAGUUGCCUCAGGAGCAGGAGUUCAUGGUGAUCGGUGCCCGGGAGCCGAGGGUCUUCCUGCGCCAGUGGAGCAACGGGCCACUUCACUGUCAGGAGAUCAGCUUUUCCACCCAGGUGGACUGCAAGCUGCUGGAGUAUCGCAACGUCACACACCUUCAGCUUCUCCAGCCCUGUGUGCUACAGGGCCAGGCCGCAGCCGCCAGCUGCCCAGAGAACACCACGUUGGAUGUGAACGUGUUUGUGGAUCCAGUGUUCCUCAGCAUCAGCCAGUACAGCAUCCACACUGUGGACACUGCCCUGCUCAGCUGGCAACAGAAUGGGAGCCCAGAGGCCGAGGAGCUGGUCUACAGCCACUAUGUGAUCUGUAACGACACCCACGAAACCCUGCGCUUUGGCCAGGUGGACACGGACGAGAAUGUGCUGCUGGCCAGCCUCCACAGCCACCAGUACAGCUGGAGAUCCCACAAGUCCCCUCAGCAGCAGCAGCAGCAGCAGCAGCAGCAGCAGCAGCAGCAGCGGGCCUGUUCAGCACCACUGCUGCACAUCUGCAUCGAGGGCUGGGGGAACUGGCGCUGGUCGGAGGCCUUCAGCGUGGACAACGUGGGGACUCUGCUGAGGACCAUUCAGUACAAAGGGCGCACCGCCUCGCUCAUCAUCAAGGUGCUGCAGCUCAGUGGAGUCCAGAAACAGGUGAUAAUCUGUGGGCGGCAGGUGAUGUGCAGCUACCUGACCCAGGACAUUGAGCUGCGAGUGGUGCAGCACUACGUGGGGCCUGACAGUCAGACGGUGGUCCGGGAACACUGCGACUGCCUGGAGGCGGGCGCCAAGUUGCCGUCCUACGUGCUGGAGGACGCCGAGAUGACGGAGCUGUGCGUGCGGGCCCGCGGAGACGAAGACUGGUCCCAGGACGUUCAGCUGGAGAGGAGGAGCAGAGGGAGCAGCAGCUCUGUCGUGCAGGUGCCGUGUUCCAGUGGUUCUUUGCUCUACGUGUGGUGUACGCUCAUCACCAUUGAACCAGACUCACACAUGCAACAGAGAGUAGUGGUCUUCAGUCCACUGUUCGUCAUGAGGAGCCACUUGCCAGAUCCGGUGAUCAUCCACAUAGAGAAGCGGAGUCUGGGACUGAGAGAGAGCCAGCUGAUACAGGGACAGGGCCUCCAGGAGCCGCUGCUGAACACCGAGGCUGACCUCACCCACCAUCUCACGUUCCAGGCCAGGGAAGACGAGGAUGCCUCCCAGUGUGCUGUGCCAAUCUCCACCAACCUGAUCAAACAGAUAGCAAAUAAAACCGGAAACGAGGACAAUCUGAAAGACGUCUUGGCCGACUUCUACGGUCCGAAGACGUCCACUGAGCCACCGUGGCCCUACCUCACCAGGGACGCUGACAGGUCUGUGCUGGAGCCCCUUGCCCAGUGGGACAGUCCCAUGCAGGUGAAACUGUCCUGCUGGAAACCGGGCCUGAACUCUCUGCUGGUGGAGCUGCUGCCCUGGGCGCUGCUGGCCAACCACUCCCAAUGGGACCUCUGGCUUUUUGAGGGGGAGACCAUUGUACUCCAGAUACCAGCCGGCAAAGUCAUCGUACCGCCCAACUUCAAGGAAGCCUUCCAGAUCGGUAUCUACUGGGCCCACACCAACACGGUCCACAAGUCCACCGCACUGAAACUGGUCCAUGACCUGACUUCUCCUCGGUGGAAGGAGGGCUCCGGCUCAGAGGUGGUGACGCUGGACGAGGAGGGGAACGUGGAGGCAGACAUCACCCUGGGAGCCUUGCCUGGAAGACAGAAGCUGUGUCAGUUCUGUGUGUCGUCUGUGGUGAGACACGGCAUCCAGAUCCUACAGAUAGAGGACAGGACCAUCCUCGUCAACAACACUCCGUACACGAUACAGUGCAGACCCCUGCUGACCGACCACGCGCUGGGAGCCGGCGACCAGGCUUGUGAGAUACCAGAGACGGCCACGUUCAGUCUGGCUCCCUCUGAGCAGUCGUCCCCGGCCAAGCCCAGCUCCGUGCCAUGCUGGGACCUCCUCCAAACCAGUGUCCAGGGAAAGGUGGAGCACCCGCUGCCACUCAGAUACAUGCUCUUCAGCGCCUUUCCCAGGCCCGAUGCCGGAGGUGGCUCCGCGGCCUGGAGCCUCCCCGCGCCCGUUCGUCCAGACUUCCCCAGGCAGAGUUUGUCGGUUCCCGGGGAACCGAACGCUGGGCUCGGCCCGAGCAGCAGAGCCGUCGUGCUGACGUAUCAGGAGCACCUGGGGGUGACAUACAUCAUCCUGAACGAGGACCCCUGUCCCCGCAUGCUGAUCGACAACAAGUGUCCCGUCCCGCUGCUGUUGAAGGAAACUGUCAAAGAAACUCCAAGGGCCGAGGUGUACUGCCGUCCGCUGCCUGCCAAUCGUUCUCUGCACCACGAGUUCUACCACCACUUCUCCAGUUUCCCAGAGUGCAGGCAGAAAGACACGCUGCCCACGCUGCAGCUGAGAACCACAUCAGGCCACAGCACCACCGACUGGACCGACCCCAUAGAUAUCAACUGCCUCGGCACUCAGGUGGUGUUCCUGCCGGGCUUCGGGUGUCUCUACGUGGACGUGGUGCAUGAGAAAGGAACCCUGGUUCUGUCUCUGGCACCAGAGGGCAGUGUGGACGCUGUGAUCAACCACAGCAGGUCGACAAAGCUGUCCUUCAGAGUCCUCCUGAGUGAGACGAGUGUGUCGCUGAGUGAUGACAUCACUAGUCCCUCCGGUUCUGUGGAGCUUCUGAGACUCACGUUGACCAAGCUGCUCCUCAGUCUGGCUCCGGCACCCAGCUCUCUUCCCCUGGAGCCGCCGGUCGACCCCGGCGUGGACAUGGCGCCUAUCUCGGCUCUGAUGCCCGACGGCUCUCUGAUCGAGGUCUGCUGCUCCAGUCUGCAAGUGGACAACCAGCUGUACAACCGCGCCAGUUUCCACUUCCCCGUGCUGCUGUGCCAGGACCAGAGGGGGGGGGCUGACCCCGGGGGUCCGUGGAGCAGCGAUGACAACCCCGCGGACUCCCCCGAAGCCCUGGAGGAGUUCAAGCGCUCUUGUUUCCUUCGGCUCAGGAUGAUGCUGGCUGGGGACAGAUGCACCUUGGAGGAGGUCACCUUCCAGCUCCAGCCUGCCAGAGUCUACCUGGAAGACACCUUCGUUUACUACAUCAAGACCCUGUUCUACACCUACAUCCCCGACAGAGCUAUAGCCUCAUCUGUAGCAGCGAGCCAGAGGAGACGAGAGCCGGGAUCAGCGCCCGUCCUCCCUGAACAGGUGCUUCAGUCGAUGCAGGCGUUGGUCCGCCCCGUGCGGCUGCAGAGGUUGACCAUCCAGCCGGUCAACCUGCUGGUCAGCAUCCACGCCUCCCUGAAGCUGUACAUCGCCUCGGACCACACUCCUCUGUCCUUCUCGCUGUUCGAGAUGGGGCCGCUCUGCACCACGGCCCGCCAGCUGGUCCACGUCCUCGCCAUGCACUACGCUGCCGGCGCCCUCUUCAGAGCUGGUUGGGUGGUGGGGUCUCUGGAGAUCCUCGGCAGUCCUGCCAGCCUGGUGCGGAGCAUCGGCAACGGAGUGUCCGACUUCUUCCGCCUGCCAUACGAGGGUCUGACCCGGGGGCCCGGAGCCUUCGUCAGCGGGGUGUCCAGAGGGACCACCUCCUUCGUCAAACACAUCUCAAAAGGUACGCUGACGUCCAUCACUAACUUGGCAACGAGUCUGGCCAGGAACAUGGACCGGCUGUCUCUGGAUGAGGAGCACUACACCCGGCAGGAGGAGUGGAGGCGACAGCUGCCAGAGAACCUCGGGGAAGGACUGAGGCAGGGGCUGUCACGCCUCGGCAUCAGCCUGCUAGGAGCGAUCGCGGGCAUCGUGGACCAGCCCAUGCAGAACUUCCAACGCAACUGGGACAUGCAGAGCUCGGCCGGCAGCAAGGCCAAGGGGGUCAUCUCUGGAGUGGGGAAAGGCAUUGUGGGUGUUUUCACCAAGCCCAUCGGCGGAGCGGCUGAACUGGUGUCCCAGACUGGAUACGGGAUCCUUCACGGAGCCGGACUGUGGCAGCUUCCUAAACAACUGUACCUGCCCGUCGAGGAGAUGUCGGCUCAGGCACCGAACAGUCACCUCAAAUACGUCUGGAAGAUGCUCCAGUCCCUGGGGCGGCCGGAGCUCCACAUGGCCCUGGAGGUGACCAUCGUGAGCGGCUCGGGUCAGGAGCACGCCGGCUGCCUGCUGCUCACCUCCGAGGUGCUGUUCGUGGUCAGUCUCAGCGAGGACACGCAGCAGCAGGCGUUCCCCAUCACGGAGGUGGAGUGUCAGCAGGAGCCGGGACAGGAAGCGGAGCUCACCCUCACCUUACAGCAGCAGAGAGUCGCCAGUGACACAGACGGGGACGGUGUUCGCGAGCGUCUGUCGGAGCAGCAGUACCAGCGGCUGGUGGAUUACGUGACGAGAGCCUCCCAGUUUCUCUCCCCCUCCGCCGCGUCUCUCCAGCUGCAGCCGCCGGUGACGCUCGCCGAGCCCCCGCCCUCCGUCGCCAAGUCCUACCGCUACCUGGUGGAUCCCGCCUUCGCCAAGGUGUUCGUCAGUAAGUUCAAUGCGGUGAAGAACAAAGCUCUGCGCAUCGGAUUCCACUAACACACGGUGGGCACACAAGAUCUUUGAUCCAACUAAUAUGAAGCCUUAUGAAAAUGUUUGGAUAUGCAGAAAAGAUAAAUAUACGUUUAUGCCAAACAAUACCUGUUGAGGUAAAAAAAUAACUUUUUGUAUUUAACUUCAUGUCCAAUCUUUAUAAAUUGCCUUUGAAAGUUAUAUAUUUAUACAACAAACGUCACAAUGCCACAGAAAGAAUCUGAGGGGUUUAGAAUCUGUUUUAAUCAUAGAGACAUAAGUUAAGAUUCAUUCCUUCACGCCAGGAAUUUUUUAUUAACUGAACUUUAAAACAAAUAAGAAUCGUGUCAAAUUAAAACAAGACUCCAGUCCGUCAGUGUGGAACCUCUUCAGUGUCGCAGAUCCAUUUUCAUUUCUGCCAAAACUAUCUGCAACGUUUCACUCGGCAGAAGAAGCUCUUGGUGUUUACGUCCUCAUAAGUGCAAUAUUAUAUACAUGUUGAUGACGCUAAAGAAAAACUAGCUGCCAAC